ACGAAAGCGUGCUUGCGACAGUGUUGAACGCAAUAUCGUGUCGAAUGGUUGUCUUUACCUCGUGUCUCAGCAAGCGAAUGUUCUGUGAGAAGUUUUCAAGUGAAUUUAAAAAUAUUAUUUAUUUAUCUUGAAAAUUGUUCUAAACAGUGUUAUUUAAAUUCUUGGAUAUUUCACAAAAGAGCUUACAAAUUGCCUUUGGGUUUUGUUUAUAUAAAAGUGUUGUGGUAGUUUUCAAUUAUCCGACAACUCGUGCAAAUUCAUCGAGUUGUUGCGCAUUCUUUGCAAAUAUAGGUAUAAUAAAUAAAAACAAAAAUAUAUACUUAUACUUAUUUGUGAAAUAUUUGUUCACACUCGAAACUGCAGAUAAGAACUUAUUCUAUAAUAUUAUGAGGAGACUGAUUGACUUACAUAAGGAAAGGCCUUAAGAAAAUUCAUUUCGGAUUGGACUAACUAUACAAAAGAGAAAGGGAGAGUGUGAGGAAGAGAGAAAACUAGCUGAGGGAGAAUUUAAUAAAUUUAACCUAAUUUGUGAAAAAUCCUCCUGGAAACUUGGACAGACAGUAUUCGCCUCGAACGACUGCUUCCACUGGACAUAUCAGUAGAGAACGACAGGAGAUUUUCUAUGAGAAAAUGAUGCCACCACUUCAAUCGCCAUCCGGAGUCAUAACAGACUCCCAGGGUCUCAUUGUGCCAAAGAAGCUCGUGAAUCCAUGCUUAGAAUCAUCGGAUCGACAGAACUUGCACAGAGAAUUGCUAUUUAAUCAGAAAAUAGGAAGAAGUGUCCUGAAUCAGAAGUCAGAGCUGCAGAGAGUGCUGGAAAAGCAAAAGGAACGCCAAUUCAUUGCCGUGCAGCAACAGCAACUGAACAAACAGGAGACAGGAUUGAGUGGCGAAUUGGGCCGUGUUAUAAUGCAACGUGCUCAACGGCUGGAAACACUACAAAAUGCCACCUCCAUGACCGAAGAGGAAGAUUUAAAACGCAUUAAUCCUGAAUAUGUGAAUGCCAGAGCCAAAUUGAAAGCCACCAGCUUCGAUGGGAAAUAGAGAAUGAGAGAGGAGCUAUAAGAACUUGACUUUGAUCGAUGGGGAAAAGUACUUUUUUUUCCUCAAACGAUUGAUAUUGCAAUUAUUUUAAGAUUUUGUAACCAACAUCUUUAUUUCAAAUUUAGUGACAGAAUCUCUAAAAAAAAAUGUGCGUUUCUUUGCGAUGUAUCUUUAAUGUUUAAGUUAUGAUAAUAAUUGUAUUGUGUAUACAAAAUGCUUUAAAUUAACUACGAUUAUGAACCAAGUAUAUUAUUUUUUCUAAGUGAUUUUGGCACGAAUGAGUGCGCUUUAAAACAUUUAAAAUAAUUUUUAGAAUAAUUUGGUAUCCUGGCAUUAAAGUGAAAUACAAUGAAAAUAAAAUAAACUUAGGUACAUCAUUAUAAAGAUUAUAAACAUUGUCGCAGAAAGCAAAAGUAAGAGAAUAUUACUUCAAAACCAGAAUAUUAUUGUUAAUCUACCAGAAAAUAUUCCUUUGCAAAAGUGUAUUCAUCAAAAUUUAUAGAGUUCUUGCAAUGUAUUUUCCUAUAUAGAAUAGUACAAACAAAAUCCUCGAAAAUUUAGUCAAGUUAUUGGGAUUACUGCUGGAAUGGAAAAGGAGAAAGAAGAAAAUUAGUCUCGUAGAGAAAUCAAUAUUAGAAGAGAGAUAUUUUUGUAUCACCUAUAAAAGCAAAAGAUGAUGGAAAAAAAACUGUUUAGUAGGUAGAUAAAUGUAAAAGUUCCUCUCACAUCUCCUACCCGAGAUUUGUGGGAGAAAAGUAUUUUUUCACAAUUAUACUUACAAUUCACUCUUCAAACCCCAAUUGCAUAUAACUUUAAUGGACUUAAAAAUUUGAUGAGGAGCUUGAAAAAAAAAUCGAAGGACAUGUGAAUCAGUUUAUUGAAAUGAUGUGCAUAUACCACAAGUAUUUUGUGUAAUAACAGGAUAUACUAAUGUAAUUAAAAGGAUAAAUCUCAA